AUGGCCGUUGCGCUUGUCCAGUAUGCGAUCCUCGCGUCUUUUGUUCUGACUGUACUUUAUUAUCUGCCACGAUGGCGUACGGGUCGGCACCUGAAGAACGUCCCUGGACCCCCAUCACCGUCCUUGGUCACAGGGAACCUCAAGCAGUUAUACGACGCGAAUGGAUGGGACUAUCAUCACCGCCUUCUGGAGCAGUAUGGCUCUGCGGUGAACGUCUCCGGAUAUCUCGGUCAACAAAUUCUGUAUAUCUCUGACCCUCUCGCCCUCUAUCACAUCAUCAUCAAAGAACAGCCCAUUUACGAGGAGCCCAAGUUCUUCUAUCCACUAAACUACUUGAUGUGGGGUGAGGGAGUACUUUCCGUGCAUGGCCAGGCCCACAGAAAACAGCGUAAAAUGCUGAAUCCAGUAUUCAGCACUAAGCAUCUUCGGAACUUGGUGCCCAUAUUUCACGAUGUCACAAAAGAGCUUUGUAGUGUCAUAGAAAGCAAGGUCUUGAGGGGGGAGACUGAGAUUGAUAUGCUGGAUUGGAUGACCCGGACGGCUCUGGAGUUAAUCGGAAGGGCCGGACUUGGCUACAGCUUCAAUAUCAUGCGGGAAGGCACUGUCGAUGAAUAUGGGUCUGCUGUGAAGUCACUCUUCCCCACCCUCUUUGAUUUUGCCUUACUACUGCCUUUACUUCCGUACUUGAUGAAGAUUGGUCCUCCUCGUUUCCGAAGGUUUCUUGUAGAGAAGGUUUCAAAUCAGAAGGUUCAAAGUCUCAAGGAGAAGAUCGAUAUCAUGGAGAAGACAUCCAAGCAUAUAUACCAGACCAAAGUGGAGGUCCUCGCGAAAGGUGACGAAGCUUUGUCGAAGCAGGUUGGCGAAGGAAGGGACAUCAUGAGCCUCUUACUAAAGGAAAAUCUAUCGGCGUCUGAAGAGACACGGCUGCCGCUCUCCCAAGUUCUUGGCCAGAUGAGCACUCUGAUAUUUGCAGCUAUGGAUACGACUUCCUCUGCAUUGUCUCGCAUUAUGUAUCUUUUAGCUUCCAAUCCUGAGGUUCAAGAUCGACUGAGACAAGAGGUGCGGGAUACUCUUGCAAAGGAAGAGCUCAUGUUCGACGUUCUGGACCAACUGCCAUUCCUGGAUGCCAUAUGCCGAGAAACGCUCAGACUACAUCCCCCUGUCACUAAGCUCGAGCGAAGGACUGUCAGGGAUACUGUCCUUCCAUUAUCGAUUCCAAUUACAGGUGUCGACGGCAGUACCAUCGAUCAAAUACCUCUUCCCAAGGGUUCCAACCUCAUUCUUAGCUUGUUUUCCCUCAAUAGGAACAAGGCUAUAUGGGGCGAGGAUGCCUAUGAAUGGAAACCGGAGCGAUGGCUAAAGCCCUUGCCUCCUAGUGUAACGGAUGCCAAGAUACCUGGCGUCUACUCGAAUAUUAUGACGUUCUCCGGAGGCCCUCGCGGUUGCAUCGGGUUUAAGUUCUCCUUGCUGGAAAUGAAGGUGGUUAUAGCGUCGCUAGUUGAAUCAUUUCGCUUCCAGCAGCCUGAGGAUAAGGCCAUCACAUGGGAUAUGAGCUUCAUAGCAGUACCGCGGCCGGAAGGCUCGGACAGCAAGUCACCAGAAUUACCCUUGAAGGUAUCACUUGCCAGAUUGACCGGGGAACAGGCUCCAUGCCCUGUUCAGAUGGACUGA